CUUGGUUAUUUGCGCUAAGAGGCUGACAGACAGCCAAGAAUGGACUUUCUGAAGUUCAUUAUGCUCCUCCAAGUGCUAAGGUGUGAAGCUCUGCAGAACAUCAGCAUUGCAACUGAGCAAACACCCCUGGCAACACAAAAACCUGGUGUGAAGGUGACCCUGCUGAAGGACACGUGUACAUGGACAUUGGAGAGUGUCGUGGGGUCAAAGGUCAUUCUGACUCCAGGGCUGAAGAUGGGUGUGGGGGAGCAGGUCUGCCAGGCCCUGAGGUGCGGUGGGGUAGACAGGUUCAGCGAGAACCGGGCCCCACCCAACAGCACCUGCCUGUCCCAGUGCCAGCAAGUGGAUCAUAAUGGACUAGGCGACUGCUCCACGGAGGUGUCCGACAACUGUAAAGUCCUGUCCACAGUCAUCUGUGAGCAUAAUAAGGUUCGCAUCGUGGAUGGGUCUCAUCGCUGCGGAGGGCGUGUAGAAGUCUGGCACCAGCAGCAGUGGGGCACCGUGUGUGACGACGACUGGGACCUGAGUGACGCCAACGUCGUUUGUGCCCAGCAGGGCUGUGGCUUUGCUGUCAUGGCGACGGGCCAAAAUGGCCGCUUCCGUCCGGGCUCCGGCUCCAUCCUAUUGGCGGAGCUGAACUGCACGGGUCGCGAAGGGAACCUAUGGGAGUGCCCCGCUCGUACAGGCACCAAUGACUGCGGACAUAAGGAAGAUGCUGGAGUGGUGUGCUCAGAGUUCAAGGACGUCAGACUGACCGGAGGUCUGGAUCGCUGCUCAGGGCGGGUAGAGAUCCAUCGCAACGGCACCUGGGGCACUGUGUGUGACUCCUGUUUUGGCAGAGAAGAAGCAAUGAUAGUGUGCUCAAUGCUGAACUGUGGAACAGAGGUCCAAUACUCAGCGUUCUCUCCACCUUUCUUGCACGCCAAUGGGACCCAGUGGUACUACAUGUGUCGUCCGCCUUAUUCUCGUCUGUGGAAUUGUCAGGAAUAUGCUAACCACCCAUUCUUAUGUAAAGACUCAAAAGCGUCAGGAUUAAUCUGUGGAAACUCGCUUGGAUUGCCUCCUCCCCCUACCAUUGCCAGUGUGAACGUAACCACAAUAACAGGUGUGUCUCCACCAUUGAGCACAGCAAACAUAUCCAGCAGGAGCAACAGCAGCAGCAGUGAGCCCCCAUGGUACUCAUCAUGGUACCUGUCUCCACUGCACCUGGCCUGCUAUGGCCUGUCAGCCGCCCUGCUCAUCGCACUCAUAUCCAACAUCAUCAUCUGCUGUCGACACCGGAGGCAAGACGAACUUGUGAUUCAUCAAAAAUCGCGGCAGCUUCAGAGUGCAGGCGAGCGGCGACAGAAUGACUACCGGGGCAACGCCACCUUGGUCAACGUCACCAGCAGCAACAACCAGGAAGCAAACAACACCGGUCAGACAGUGGAGCUGAGUGCCGUGGUGCCCCCAUAUGUCCCCCAGAGCAGUAUGGACAGCACCCUGUCUGGGGACACCGACCUGGACAGCAGCCUCAGCACGGACCCCACCUACCCUCUCUCCACCUUCCGCAACUCACGUAAAUAUGGCGUGGGGAAGAAAAUCUCGCAUGCAGAUGUGUCCCACAUGAACAGCCUCUCAGAGGAAGUUGGCAACCCUGAGGACUCUGCCAGAGGGCAUGCUGGGAACUGUAGUUCUCCAUUAGUGCUCAACAACCACAACCCCAUUAGAAGCAGCUAUGAAGGCACUGCCAGUGUGGAUUCGUUUGACAGUUUGAGCACGUCCUCUGGGGAGUGCUAUGAGAACACUGGUCCCAGCACUGCUGACCUACCCGACUUAGAAGAGCCAGUUUAUGACCAGACCGAUGACCACUUCCUGUGUCAGAGAGUAAACCACACAGGUAACCACGGAGACCUGCCAGGGGUUGUGCUGGGAGAGCGGGUGAGUGGAGGAGACGACUUCCCCAUCUACUCUCCCGUCAGCCUGGAGAACCCAGAUGAGGAGCGGCAAGAGGAAGAGGAGGAGUCAGACUGUGACUAUGACGACGUGCUCAGCUACAUGCAGUGAUUGGUUGGCCAUCGGCUUAAUGUCACCAUGGCAACACAGUCAUCAACAACAUCCAUUGCUGGCCAUUGUCAGACUGUGACUAUGCCAACAUGCUCAACAAUAACAUGUCAUGAUAGGCCAUUGUGUGACCAUGACAGCAUGGUUAAACACGCUGGAAACCUGUGCAGGAUCUCAAAUGGUGCACUUGUGCACUUCAGUGG